AUGACGCUGACAAAAACCGCGUUGCGGCGGGUUGAGAUACGGGUGCGGACGCUACUGUCGGCCCUCGUGUUGCUGCAGCUGCUCCCGUUCGUCAUCGUGGGCUACACGCAGGCCAAAACGCAACCGCCCAAGAGCUCGUGCGAUAAAACGCGACGCGUCUAUACCCAGCCGUACGGUGAGAUCAGCGAUGGUCCAUCCGGUUCCAACUACACGCAGGACUCACACUGCGAGUGGUUAAUCCGGGCGCAGAACGACAGCCAGUACGUGACGCUGCAGUUCCGCAGUAUGGGCACGGAAUGUUCGUACGAUUACAUCUUCAUCUACGACGGGGACUCGUUCCGGUCACCCCUGCUCGGUAGCUUCAGUGGUAACACUGCCCCCCAGCAGGUGGUCGCCAGUUCCGGUAGCAUGCUGAUCCUUUUGUACAGUGACACCAACUACGUGCUGGAAGGAUUUCGGGCGGAAUUUUCCAUCACAAACUGUCGCAAUAAUUGCACCGACCAUGGCCAGUGCGUGGAUCAUGUGUGCCAGUGCGACAACGGGUGGGUUGGAAGUGACUGCGGCACCGAGGCCUGCCCGAACGCGUGCGGAAGCGUUACGGGUGGUGUCUGUAUCAAGGAUCGGUGUCGCUGUGCGAAGAACUACGCAGGCCAAUCGUGUAGCCUUCGGUUGGACGAACCGCCUCCGAAGCGGUGGCACUGGCUUUCGGGGACCCGCAAUGGCCUCCCUCCGCGGGCGGCCCACUCGGCCGUCUACCACGAGCGCUCCGAUGCGCUGUACGUGUUCGGAGGCUACAAUCUCAACGAGGUGCUGGACAGUUUGUGUGUGUUCCGGUUCGAAGCGAACCAGUGGGAGGACGAGUGGGGUGUUCGGUUAGACCUCAGCAACAGCGGGCCGCUCGGUGCGGACGACGAGGAGCGGCUACGUCGGGCGCUGAUACUGGAGGAAGAAUCGGAACGGCUUGGGCUGAGCGGGAAGGAACCAAACUUCCUGACCAGCGUCCUGUACACGCUGGCCGACAAUCGGAGCGGUCUGUUUAGUGAAGCGUUCGUGAACGGAUCGCGACCGGCGGGUCGGUAUGGCCACGCGGCGGCACCCGUCCCCGAUGGGUUCGUCAUUUUCGGUGGCAAACUUGCGAGCGGCAUGCUGGCGAACGAUCUGUGGCUUUAUAAUGUGUCCCACGCGGGGGGCACGUGGUCGGAGCGGGCACUGCAGUCAUCCGUUCGACCACCGGCCCUUACCCGACACACACUCACGCUGGCCGGUGACUUUCUGUACGUGUUCGGAGGAGCGAUGGAAGAUGGUGACUUUUCAUCGCGGCUCUACCGAAUCCGCGUGUCCGGGAGCGACGAGUGGGAAGAGGUGAUCCCGCGUGGGGGCAAAUCGCUCGACGUGCGUAUGGUGGCCCAUACGACGGCCUAUCAGCGGUCCACCCAUUCGCUCAUCGUGUACGGUGGCAUGCUCGCGAAUGUGGCCCGCUUUUCGCGGCUCUCCGACCGGAUGUUUGCGUUUCAGCUGGACCACCGACACUGGGCGGAACUGCUGUACCCGCGGACGGCCCUGCACGAUGGGUAUGCGCCGCGGGAGCGUGCCUUCCACACGACCACCGUCGUCGGCAACUAUCUGCUCGUGUUUGGCGGAUACUCGCACAAGCACAACAAGGAGGAGAUCUGUUACGACAAUCAGAUGUAUCUGUACCAUCUCGGGUGCCACAGCUGGAUCAACCCGGAGGUGCUGGGAGCCAGCGGGCGCUUUCGGUACCCGAAACGGCAGGGUGUAUUCGCGCACGGAGCUGCCGUUCGUCACGGUCACACGCUCCUCGUGGUCGGCGGUUACCAUGGCAACGUGAACGGUGAUCUGCUCGCGUUUACGCUGCCCGGCAUGUUGGUGAUCCCGGCGGACGGGAGUGAACCGUUUGCACCGGAAGCGGCCUGCCCGCGCCAUACGUCCUUCAACGAGUGUCUGGCCGAUCUCGAGUGUGGCUGGUGUUCGGCGGACAGCGUGUGCUACGGGCGAACGAUCGGCGCAAACUGUACGACGAACCUGCAGACGACGCGCUGCAAGGGAAUCUGCUCGGUACUCGGUGACUGCCAUUCGUGUCUCGUGCACGGCACCUCGACAAGCCCUGCUCGGCAGCACUCGAUCGCACACAAGCUGGGGUUGGAUCGGUGCACGUGGUGCGUGCAGAAUGCCCGGUGCCACCACAAGGACGAUAGCUACGGUGUGUGCGGAGAGGACACGCCGUCCCAGAAGCCGGGCUGGUGGGGCGCCAAGGGUACGGAGGUGGUACAACCGAGUGAGUGUACCGCGCAGGAUCGACGGCCGGGGCUGACGUUCCUUAAGUACCUGCACCCGGUGAACCUGUCGAUGCCAGACUCGGUGAUGAUCGUGAACGCGACGAUGGCGGACUUUAUUUCACCGCCAUCCAACACCCCAACGGAGCAGCUGCUCGGUGGCCAGGUUGUAGCCCGGUUGCUCGGUUUCAUCCGCUUCCCGGCGCACACCGAGCGCUCCCCGAGUGCGAUGCUGCAAGCGUGCGCCAGUCACGCCAACGUGACGCUCCAAACGGUCCCAAUUCCGUUGCGGCUAGCGGACGGCACCAGUGCGCCCCUUUGGGGCGGCAUGAUGAGCACCAACUUCUCCACCAACGAUACCACCUGCCAGUCCAUCAAGUGGACCGAUCAGGCCAACAUUCUCGUCGACUUCCGGGCUCAGCGCAACCGGGCCGGAUACUACGUGUCGCCGCACCAUCCGCACUACUCGGAGCUCUCGCAGAUGAGCCUGGGCCACCUGGGGGCGGUCGGUGGUGGUGGCAUCCCGCAAGCGUUCACCUUCGAGUUCCUGGAACCCUACUCGAAUGGUUCUUCGUGCGCCGCUUACGGCAACUGCCUCGAGUGUCUGGCCGACUCGUCCUGCGGUUGGUGCGAGCUCUCGGAUCGCUGUUUGUCGCGUGAUACGAACGAACGGGCCAGCUGCCGGCGGGAGACCGAUUGGCGGUAUCUGACCAUUCAACCGGCGCACUGCUCGAACUGCUCGAAUUUCAUCUCCUGCGAGCAGUGCACCGAAUCGCGCCACUGCGAAUGGUGGACCGAUGAUGCGACGUGCUCGCGGCGGGGUCGCUCUUCGGCGGCCGUUCGCACCGUUGGCCAGUGUCCUACGCCGUGCUAUCUGCGCACCGACUGUGGGGCGUGUCUUAACGAUCGUGGCCGGUGUGUUUGGUGCGAAGCGACGGCCCAGUGUUUCAGCUUUUCCGUCUACACCAGCGAGUACCAGUUUGGGAUGUGCCGCGAAUGGUUGGAUCAAAGCCUGCCACCAAUCGGACCACCACCACCACCGGUUUCGUCGUCCAUGGCAACGCUGCCCGCAGUAGGCCUUGGGCAGCAGUGCAAAUCGUGCGAAAGCCUUUCGACCUGCGCCUACUGUUUGCGAUCGCUCGGCUGCGGUUGGUGCUACGACGAGGACAAUCCGAUCAACGGGGUGUGUAUGCGCGGGGACUUUGGCCAACCGGCUCGCGGGGAUUGUGGGGAGGCACUGCAGAACACGACGGGACGUGAGGCGGCCUGGGCGUACGCACAGUGCCCGGAUGUGGACGAGUGUGAGCUCGGACUACACGAUUGCCACGAGCAGGCGGCCUGCAGUAACACGCACGGUUCGUUCAACUGCAAGUGCCGGAAGGGAUUCUUCGGCGACGGCGUGCGCUACUGUCGCCAGACGUGCUACGAAACGUGCAUCCACGGCCACUGCUCCGGGGCACCCGAUUACCGGUGCGUCUGCGAUCUCGGCUGGACCGGGGUGGAUUGCAGCGUAAACUGCGAGUGUAACAACCAUUCGACCUGCACGCAGGGAGUGGGCCGGUGCGACCGGUGCAUGAACUGGACGGAGGGUGAAGCGUGUCAGCGGUGCAGUGCCGGAAGUUUCGGGAACGCUACGACCGCAGCCGGGUGCCGGCGGUGCGAUUGUAACGGCCAUGGGAACGUGGCACUUGGGGUUUGUGACGCGCAGACGGGUGAAUGCUACUGCCAGGACUACACCGAGGGUCUGAGGUGCGAGAUGUGCAAUCGGAACUUUUACGGCGAACCAAAGGACGGGGGGCAGUGCUACCACGAGUGUGCAUCGCGCGGUGUCCUGACGCAGGUCGGGACGCAGGGCCUCGGUUCGUACCAGUCGAGCCGGAGCGUGAGCGGUCAGGAGACGCGCGAGUGCCUGUGGAUCGUAAGCCCGGCGGCACGGCACGGAGCCGAGCUGCGGAGCGCCAUCAUCCAGAUCGAGAUCGAGGCGGACCGGAUGAACGUGACGUGUGGAGAGAACGCCGUGUACGUGUACGAUGGCCUACCCGAUCUGACCGGGGUGGCGCAGCAAAAGCAGCUGCUGGCGGUGUUCUGCAGCGAGCAACGUGGCUCCUGGAUCACGGAGGCCCGCUCGGGCCAUCUGACGGUGCACUACAAACAUGGACGGCGGGGACAAGGCUUCAAUGCGAUCUACUCCGUGAUGAGCUGCUCGACGGCGAGUUGCCAUCGACCGCACGUCUGCGGGGACGAUAAUCGGUGCGGGUGCCCGAAGGGCUUCACGGGGCCCCGCUGUACGAUGCGGAUCUGUCCGUCGGACUGCAACGAGGAAAGCCGCCGGGGUGUGUGCGAUCACGCGUACGGUCGGUGUAUCUGCGGGGCCGGUUUUGGAGGGGACGAUUGCUCGCUGACGGUCAAACCGGGUGCGGUGGUGUUUACGGAGCUCUUCAACUCGCACCUGGUGUCGGAGAGUUUCGAGCAUUUGCGCAAAACGUUGCCCCGCUUCGGACACUCGCUGGUGGCCGAUCGGCGCGGGUCGCUGUGGAUGUUCGGAGGUUAUUCACUGUCGCACGGGCCACUUAACGAUAUCCGGCAGUUUGACACGAAGAACAACACCUGGAUGCAGGUGACGGUCGACUCGAGCCCGGAGGAUCGGAUGCCGCAGGGCCGGUAUUACCAUGCGGCGGAGAUCGUUAGUUCGCGCCAGUCGAUCUUCAUCUACGGUGGGUUGUCGCGCAACGGAACACUCGACGAUCUGUGGCAGUUUGGGCUGCAGACGCAGCGGUGGAGCUUGGUCGGGCAGAACGGUACCCGGCCGCCGGCCCUCGCCGGACACACGCUCAAUCUGGUGCGGGACGGUGAAGGUGGUGGCGAGCAGUUGCUGCUGAUCGGAGGCUUUUCGAUCGACCGGGGCCUGCAGAACCGAGUGUGGAUGUAUGGGCUCACCGCCGGUAGCUGGUCGGUGGUGGGAACGUUCGCAUCCGGCCGCACCCCUGGCGGGUUGUACGGACACACGACGGUUUAUCAUGCGGCGAGUCAAGCGGUUUACGUUUACGGAGGUGUCCGCACCGUGGACGGCCAAUCGGCCGUUUCGAGUCGACUGUUUGCUUUCAGCGUCCCCGAUCGCAGCUGGACCGAGUUGCCACCGUUCGUGUAUCACGGUGGAGAGUACGUUCCGGCACCGCGCUACCUUCACUCGGCGGUGGCCACCGAGAACUAUAUGGUACUGUUCGGGGGGCGAUCGAACGCCUCGAGCCACGACGACGAUGAGGUGCUGGUGGCGUACGUUUACCGCUGCAAUCAGUGGAUCCGGCUGUCGAAGGACGCCCAGAAGGUGGGCACCGUGUACGGGGUCACGUACGCGCAAGCGAUGGCACAGGACGUGGAGAGUGGCGCGAUCUACGUGGUGGCCGGGUGGGACGGGAGCAACCAUUGUCGCGUGACACGGAUCAACCUGCCGGACGACAUGUGUGACCUGUGGAGCGGUUCCAAGUACUUCUGCCGCCAGUACGCCGGCUGCAGCUUCUGCUCGGUCAAGUCGGCCGCCCCGGAGGACAACCUGUCGCACUGCUACUCGGUCGCACACGGGACGCCCCUCUGCGAGGGCUACAACGGGACGAUCUCGUUCAACAGCGGGACGGCGUGCGAUGGCGAGUGGAUCGGUCGGAGGACCUGCGGUGCGUUCAAAUCGUGCACCACGUGUCUGGCCAGUUAUCCUUGGCACGGAGAGAAGGGGUCACCCUGCAAGUGGUGCGCAGAUUGUCCGCCGAAGGGUGUCUGCAUUCCGCGGGCGGCCGAUUGCGGUUCGCAGAAGCUGUGCUCGCCGCCUGCUCCCGGGAGUAACCGGAGCGCGGGUGCUGAAUCGCUGGACCAGUGCCGGCCCGGAGGCCGCUGUGUGGCGGGUGAUUGCGAGAGCUGCCGCUCGCUGCCGGGUUGCAGCUGGGAGCACGACGGGCACCAGUUUCGGUGUCGACCCGGCGAGGACACCGGCGACGAGGAGGAGGGCGAUGGCCAAUCCAAUCUGAGGGCCAACAACGGGACGGCGUGCCCGGUGCGGUGCAGUGCGUACCGGAACUGUAGCUCCUGCGUGCGCCACGUCCAUCCGACCGUCGGUGGGACAUACCGGGAGGAAGAGUGCCUGUGGUCGACGCAGCUGAACGAGUGCAUUUCGCCGACCUUUCAACCCCUGUACUGCUCCGGCGGUAUCUGCGGGUUGGUGGUGCAACCGAAUGACCCGCAAGCCUGCCCGGAACCGUGCUCGAGUUUCACGCAGUGCUCCGCCUGCUUGCGCCACGCGUACUGUGGGUGGUGCUCAAGGAACGACACCGAGGGCGAGGGCGUAUGCACCGAGGGGUCCGUCGAGGGACCCGCCAACCAUGCGGCCGGCUCGACGUGCGGUGCGAUCUACCAAACGCGCAGCAAAGCACCGACCAAUGCGACGGAACGGUUCGGGUGGAACUACUACAAAUGUCCGCCGGAGAACGAGUGCGCCAACGGGCACCACAACUGCGACGCGGAAUCGGAACGGUGCGUCGACUACGUGCAGGGGUAUGAGUGCAAGUGUGCCCCGGGGUACGCGAACUCGGGAGCGACCGCAAGCGCCCCCGGUACGACGGUUGGCCCCGAUUGCGUUCCCGUGUGCAGUCAGGGGUGUGUGCGGGGGGCGUGCGUGAAGCCGAACGUGUGCAAGUGUGAGUUCGGAUACGUCGGGGCCAACUGCAGCAUCCAGUGCCAGUGCAAUGGGCACGCGAACUGUGUCGGACCGGAUCAGCUGGAUCGGUGUCUGCGGUGCCACAACAACACGAUGGGACCGCAGUGCGACAAGUGUCUGCCGCUGUACGUCGGGGAUCCGCGGAACGGGGGCGACUGUGUGCCGUGCCUGGAGUACUGCCACGGCCAGACGGAGGUGUGUAUGGCCCGAGACCAGGAUCCGGCGGCGGGAUUGCGGAAUGGUUCACGGCGAUCGCUCGACGCCGGACCACUGUCGGAUGCGGUUUGCCUGGCGUGCGGUAACAACACCGACGGUGAUCGGUGUGAAACGUGCGUCCCGGGUUACUUCCGGCGGUCGGCUACGGUGGCGGGGAAACCGUGUUGGCCGUGCGAGUGCAACGGACACGGUGAUAUGUGCGAUCCGAUCACGGGCGAGAAGUGCAACUGUGGGAACAACACCGAGAGCGAUAAUACGUGCUCGUCGAAGGGUAAGAACCAUGCGUACAACUGCUGGUCGCUUCAGUGCACCAAGUGCAAGGAAUCGUAUUCGGGCCAUCCGUACAAUGGUCACCAGUGUUACAAGCACAUCACCGUCGAGUCGCGGAUGUGUUUCGACGCCAAAACGAUCGAUGAGUGCAAGAUAAAGCCACAGCCACUGAAGCCGGGUCAGACGGUGUUCUUCGUGAUACAACCCCGCUACAUGAACGUGGACAUACGGUUCAUCGUGGACGUGACGCAGGGCGGGCUGGAUUUCUACAUGAGCCCGACGCACGAGUCGUUCAUCGUGCAAACGAACGGCUCCACUGGCCACCAUGACAUUCUGCUCGACAGCAGCUACGUGUGGUUCCACGAUUUGCUCGAUCCGGCGCCGGCCGACGAACUGUACCCGCUAAACAUCCAGCCCUCGGGAGGGCAACCGCUGACCAGCGAGAAGAACACACCCGUCUGCGGGGGCACCCAGAACGAGGGCUUCUACGUGACCGAUCGGACGGCCAAGGACCUGAUCACCUACGUGACGCUGCGCCAGUGCAAGUCCUUGUUGCGCGUGUUCGGUCUGAAGAAUCGGCUCGUCGUCACGUUGCCUCACACGGUGCACGCCCUCGGGCAGACCAAGUUCUACAUCGCGCUCCGGGCGCGCCCCGGCCCAUCGGCCAGCUACGGGCUGGUGUUCUUCCGCCAGGAUCAACUGCACAUCCAUCUGUUUGUGUUCUUUUCCGUGUUUUUCUCGUGCUUCUUCCUGUUUCUGGCCAUCUGCGUGCUGGCGUGGAAAGCGAAACAGGCGGCCGAUAUGCGGCGGGCCCGCCGGCGGCACGUCGUCGAGAUGCUGCACAUGGCCAAGCGUCCCUUCGGGCGGGUGAAUCUUUCGCUCGACACGCCCGAUGUCAACGCACUGCCCACGCCGGCCCCGCAACGGCGGCGCACCCGUGGGCUGAAACAUUCCAGCUCGAGCUCGAGUGCCAGUGCACUGCAGCACCAGCUGUUGCUCCAUCAGCUGCAGAACCCGCUCCACCAGCCGGAUGUGGCACCGAUCGCGCUGGAACCGACGGCCGACAACUAUGCCGCCGUCGGGACCGUCUUCGUGCGGUUGCCGGGCAAACAGAAAUCACAGAUCACUCUCUCUCUUUCCUCCGCUCUGCCUUCCUUGGUCCGUGUCUUGGCGUGA